CGACGCAACACUUCCGAGCCUGAGCCGUCUUCCGCAACGCUCUUGUACACGCCCAGACAGUCGAGCAGCUGCGAUCCAGAUAUUCAUCAUGUAUCUGUCGUGAUAUAUGCCGUACCAAAGCAUCACCAGCGUGCCCUACCCGUGGAGUUACUUAUGCAGAUCGUAGAGGAGGCAGUCAGAGAUCACCACACCGCUCGCGCCCUCUCUCAAGUCUGUUCGUGGGCAAGACAGAUUGCACUGCCGCGUCUCUACAACACACUCUUUUCCAUCACAGAUACUCGCGACCUCACCAAUUUUCCGUCCCAUCUUAGGCCAUAUGUUCAGAACGUGUGGCUAGACAAGUCACCGCCACCUACCAUAUCCGACAGCAUCGCAGCCAGAACCUCCUGGCUAUGGUCCACGGUGCGCAACCUAUGCGUUCCACUGCAGUUCCUCGAAGCAUGCGAUGCUUGUGAGCACCUGCCCGAGAAGCCAGCGCCGUUCACCGUUCGGACACUCACGAUCUUCGACGCGAAGUUCUGUUCGAGUGGCCACAGAGUCGGCACGUUGCUUUCUUCAGUGACGCAUUUGCGCGUAGCUGGCAAUUGCUCCUCUUGGGGAUAUGUCACGCUAAUCAGGCAACUGACGUCCCUCAAGUACCUCAUGGUUCCCUUGGAUGAGUCCAACGGCACCAUUCAGGUGAUCUCAACAAGUAUGCUCGCUAGAAGGCACCCCACGCUGCAGAAGAUAGCACUAUUGAUGCACAAUACGGGCGUAGGAUUCACUGCCCGGAAGUGGUGUACGACUGCGAACAUAAUCAUGCAGCUGAAUGACAAGCUCUACCUUGUACCCGCCGUCUGUACACAAGAUGAGGAGAGAAAGGAAUGGGAAUCUAUCGCAGACGGGGAGGAGUUCGAAGAUACCGCUAUCUGGCAGAAAGCAAAGCGAAUGCGUGCUGCAAUUCUAGCUGGCGAUGAGGAGGAGGUCGCUCGAAUUUGCGGGGUCUCAAUGUAACAUACCUUUCCGGACAUUUGGGUUUACCGGGUGUGACUUGGUGCUAUGAUGGCCCUUGUAUGAUAGCUGCGUGCAGUUGUCUACUAUUCACUAGCACUGCUCAGACGUCAAGUCAAAUCUGGUCAUGCAUUGCCACUUCCUAUGAUCCUGUUUUCACGCUCCAUAUCUAACUUCGUACAAUUGGUAGAGUGCACUAUUCAAUAGCAAUCGACAGUGCGUUGAUCGAUUGAUCAGCCAUUGCACUGC